AUGGCCGCAGCACCACCCCCCAAGCGCCCAAUCAAGAUCCUCAUGCUACACGGCUACACGCAAUCCGGGCCCCUAUUCCAAGCCAAAACCGGUGCCCUCCGAAAAACGCUCGUAAAAGCCUUCCCCGCAGGCAUCGACCUCGUCUACCCCACAGCCCCCCACCGCCUCACACCAGCCGACGAGUCCUUCCUCGCGGGCAACGGAACGAGUAAAGACAGCGAAGGGGGAAAAGAUGGCCCAGAGAAAGAACAAGAAAUCGACGCCUGGGCAUGGUGGCGACGUAAAGGCGACGGCGAACCCUUCACCUACGCAGGCAUCGAACAAGGCCUCGCCCACGUCGCCAACGUCCUACGCACCCAAGGUCCAUUCGACGGCGUAAUAGGCUUCUCCCAAGGCGGCGCGCUUGCAGCAAUGCUAGCCUCGCUCCUCGAACCCAACCGACGCGCUGCAUUCGAAGCCCAAUACCCCACCGGCGGCAUGCAAUACCCAUCUUCUUUCGAGCACGACACGGGAUACAUUGAGGAGGCUAUCCACGCGCCGCUGAAAUUCGCAGUCGUGUAUUCUGGUUUCGCGCCAGAAGGGGAUGCGCAUCCGUAUCGUGCGUUUUAUGAACCGAAGAUUAAGACGCCUGUGUUGCAUUUUCUAGGCAGCCAGGAUGUUGUUGUUGAGGAGAAGAGGAGUUUGAGGCUGGUGGCGGCGUGUGAGAGGAGGGAGGAGAGGUAUGUUGUAUAUCAUCCUGGAGGACACUUUUUGCCGAGUACGCAGAAGGCGAGUGUGAAUGCGCUAGUGGGGUUCGUGAAGGAGAUUUUGGCUGAGGAGGAGGGGGAUAAGGGGAAAGAGGAGGAGAGCGCGGCGGAUAUGGAUGUGCCGUUUUAG